GCCUCUUUUGCUACUGUCCUGAGGCAGAGGAGCUGUGAUGCGACUGGCUCGCUCCCUGUCUGAUGUGUUUGUUUUGUCUUAUAUUUCAGUAAAAGAGUCAAAGACCAGGUCGGUUGUGGCGUCUCUUAUUAUACACAACACAACGCAGAGAACGUGGUAGAUGGAAAACUACCUCUGUUACAUGUGCGCGCGCACGCGCACGCGUGUGUGUUUCAGUUGUCCGACGCCUUGCAUAGCUCCUCCCAGGCCGGUGCAGAACUGGGCCUGCAGCAGAAACUGCGCGCGGACGCCCAGCUGCGAGUGGAGGAGUUAGAGGAGAGCCUGCUGGAGAUGUUCCGCCUGCUGGAGAUCAUCAGCAGACUCCAGGGAGAGGUCUCUGGUAAGCUGAGUGAUAAGGAGCAGAGUCUGGAGGAUGAGAUCCAGCUGCAGUGUAAGCAGGCCGAGCACCACGUGGAGGACCUGCAGAUGGAGCUGCAGACCACCAAGGAGGAGCUGGCCAAGCAGCUCAAGAGCAUACAGGAGAGGGUCAUUGACCUGGAGGUUGACCUGGAGGACGUGCACGACAGUGAGCAGAGAUGGGCUGCCAAGCACAAAAAAGCCCUUGAGCAGACAGAACAGCUUCAGCUGAAACUGAUUCAGGAGAAGGACCUGAGCGAACAGCUGGAGUGUGAGAAAGCCAUUGUCGAGAGACAGGUGAAGGAGUUGCGCUCGGAGGUGGACGAGUUGCUGAACUCUAAAGUGCAGGAGGAUGUGAUCACCAGAGCAGAGAGCAAAGUCAAAGCGCUAGAGAAUACCCUCAGAACAGAGGAGAGGAGCAAGAAUGUCCUGGAGGAUCAAUGAGCUCACGGAUCAGAUGGAGGAGAAGCAGAAGUCCUUCACAGAGCAAAAAGACCUGUUAGGAGUUCACUCUCACACCACUGGGGGGCAGCGAGGGGCCUGUUGAUAUAGCUGGCUAACGGUGAUGGGAGAGGAGUGCUUCAGUUGUUAUGCUCACUCUCACUUUGAAUGAUGUCUGUAGGCUACUUGUGUUUGUUAAUAUUGCACAAUGUGUCCACAUACUGUACUGGAACAUUCAUUCCUGACAUUCCUCCUCACCAAGUGUGUGUGUGUGUGUGUGUGUGUGUGUGUGUGUGUGUGUGUGUGUGUGUUCAAGUAAACGAUUGACCACUGGCCUUGACCGUGUGUGUGCGUGUGUGUCCAGAUGACUCAGCGUAUGCGCUCCCUGAAGCGGCAGCUGAAUGAGGUGGAGGAGGAGGCUGCCUGUAAGGACGCACACGCACAGAGGGAGCUGGCCGAGGAGAGAGAGUCCAGCCAGAGGCUCCAGAGGCAGCUGCUGGACCAGCACCUACAGCUCAAGUGGAAAAUGGAAAUUAAAAACAUGAGGGUCUUUCACAGACUUGCAGACCAUACUGCAGGGCAGGCUGCCUCUUUACCAUGAACUAUGUGCCAGUGUUUUCACCAAAGAUCCUUGAUCCUCCGCUUUAACCUGUCUCUCUGUUUUCAGCAUGUGCAUUUGAUAUACUGUAUGAAGCUGCACAUACCAGCAAUCAGUGGACCUGAAUGGAUGCAUGGAGGUAAAUGCUUUGGAAAAAAAACAAUAAUAAGACAAUCAAGAUGACUUCCUCUUUUAGUUUGAAUUGAUUUGUAGAGCCAAACCAGACAUGAGUCAUGAGAGUAGUCUGAGGGAAAUGAGAGUGUCCUCUCCCACAGCACUGUUUGUGUCACAGUCAGGAUGUAGGGUUAAUGCACCAAGGACACACGGCCUUAGUGAUGAAUGGGGUCACAUCUCUUUCCUUUUACAACAAGAUAUAACGAUGAGUGACUUUGAGUCCCCUCUUUAUCUCUUCGUCUAGGUAUUUCAACUCAUACUCAAAACCCUUGAAUGUACCAUUGAUCAGUUGUAUCAGAAUGUACCAUUGAUCAGUUGUAUCAGAAUGUACCAUUGAACAGUACAAGCCACCACCGAGGACGGCUCUAUUGAGUCCUUGUUCAUUGGGGUGUAUGGGGUCCCUGUAAUGUCCAGGUAAGUGACCCGUCACACUGACGUCCAGCACUAUUCUAGUCUCCCAGCAGAACAUCCUAACAGAACAGUCCAUGUUGAACGGUAUUGAUCAACAGAGGGGUACAAAAGACUUCCCAAGUCAUUAGGUACACCGUAGAAGACAAUCAUAAAUAAAGAGGAAAAUGGCACAACAGUGACAUUUCCUAGAACAAAAUGCCUUGUUCUUUAAUGGGAGGACAAGAAGAGAAAACUGGAGAGAGCAUCAUUAAAGGAGGGAUUCAAAUGUAUAAAGCAGUAUAAAUAAGAAGUUCACAUUGGCAUUGGUCCAACACCAUAACAAGAACAGACGAGUCCAUUAAACCUCAUAAAAGCUCAUAACUCAGAUGCUCCUUUCUUUGGUGAGUAACAGUGAACACCCAAAACAGAGUACGUAAUGCUAGGGUUGACAUGGGUGUAGCCCAUCUUUUUUCUGCACUGUACUGCUGUAGGCCUACUGAAGGGGAAGGGAUGAAGGGAAAGAAUGAUUAUGUUGGAUGUUGGGAGGGGAGGAGUAUUCCAUGUAAACCCAGUCUCAAUGAGUGAUGGUUUCCAUUGUUUUGGAGCCACUCCUGUGCAGUAUUUACCAGAGCUCAACUCCCAACUCUGUGUCAGUGAAGCACUAAAAAAAGUGUUCAAAUAUACCCUGAAAAUGAUUAGAUUAGAUUAGGGAUGUCCCGAUCCGAUAUUUGGAUCGGAUCGGCCGCCGAUAUUAGCAAAAAAUGUGGGAUCAGCCUGCACGGGAAAUUCCCGAUCCGGACUCCCGAUCCAGUUUGUUUUCAAAACUCCGGUCCGUGUUUUCCAGCGCACCGAUGUAGGUAAUCCAUUCCAGUUUUUUUCAGCUUUCCCCCCAAAAACCCGGUCCGCGUUUUUCAGCACACCUAGCGACCUGUCCAGCAUCCCACUUGUCUGUGCAUGUCCCACUAAGAAUUUAAAGUUAUCGAGCAAACAUUUCAUGUCACAGUUGAAUUAAUAUAGCCUAAUGUUAACCGCGACCGUCCGCGAGACCCUCUUACUAUUAAGGCUCUUAUGCAUGUUGCUGUUGCUGCUGACAGCUUUGCCUGUCUAACGAAUGUUAUCUUCGCGAUUUAAGAUUGUUUGUGUAAUGUAUAGGCACAGCACAUACUUUAAUUUCCCUAUUUUUACAAUCGGCUAGCCUAACAAACGCAUUUCAUUUCAAAAAGCAACCUGGUCAAUCGCUAACAACUAAGUGCACCUAGGCCUACAACUCUACACAUCCAAAAGGGUAGAAGCUUCCAGUAGGCUAUCAUAACUUUUUUUUACCGUUUAGUCUGUGCAUCGGCGCAGCCUACAGUACGACGAUGUGAAUUAGUGACAGCUGUUGUCGCAGUAAACUUAAGCUCCUGUCUCUAAAUAGUGUAGAUAGGCCUACAGUACGUGCUAUGUUGCUUGAUUUUCUGUAAUAAAUGCAGCCUGUAGCCUAGGUUA